CCGCCCCACCGAUUUACAAGGCAAGCAAACACAACAUCGGCGCAUAAGGUGGGACAGCAGGGCCCACAGAUGUGCAACAAAAAUCAGCAUCGUGCAACAGUGUGAGAGCUCCUUGGAAACAGACGGCAUUGUGGGGGAUCAGAGCAGGUGGAGCUUCUGAAACACCCUGAGCGAAUGUAUGUAGGACCAGGAAGUUCAGCCGGCUUUACAUCAUGGAGGCGUCCACGGGAGGUUGAUUUCUGAAGGAGACUUCAUUUCUUCGUACGUUCGUCAGUUUAAAUGUUCUGUUCCCUAAACGUUGGUGUGAUGGCUCUACCAUGAAGUGUGCCCGCUGCCUGCUCCAGCUGCAGUGCCUGAGACUGGUUGGCCAGUCAGCCAGGUCUGCGGUUCAGUAUGGCGCUCUGCUCCAGUCAGCGUCCUCCAGUCAGCCCAACACGCUACGCAGCACCCCGCACCAGGCAUUGAGAGGUUUCCACGGCAGCCCAGGGCAUGCCAAGGGUCGACCUGUACCCGCGGAGUUCAUCGACGAGGACGACAAGAAAAGGGACAAGUCCUUGGUUGCCCACGACGACCUGUUUGAGCAGGUGGCCAAAGAGGUCAAAACCAAGGCCACAUUCAAUAAAGUGGUGGACGUCUUCAUCAAGAGGGACGUGAGGCGGCGGGGUCACGUGGAGUUCAUCUACGCCGCUCUGAAGAAGAUGCCGGAGUUUGGCGUGGAGAGAGACCUGGUGGUCUACAACAGGCUGCUGGAUGUUUUCCCCAAAGAAGUGUUUGUGCCCAGGAACUAUAUCCAGCGGAUGUUCAACCACUACCCCCGGCAGCAGGAGUGUGGAGUGCAGUUACUGGAGCAGAUGGAGAACUAUGGUAUCAUGCCCAACAUGGAGACCAAAGUCCUGCUGGUCCAGAUCUUUGGAGAGAAGAGCCACCCCAUCAGGAAGUACCAGCGCAUCAUGUACUGGUUCCCCAAAUUCAAGCACGUAAGCCCCUUCCCCGUACCCCAGCAGCUGCCUGAAGACCCAGUGGACCUGGCUCGCUUCAGCCUGACCCGCAUCGCUAACGACCGGAACGCUAAAGUCACCGUCCACCAGCUGCCCUGUACAGACGUUACAGAGAGUGGAGAGCAGAUCACACAGCCACAUAUAGUAGGUAUCCAGAGCCCCAGCCAGGUGGAGCUGCUGGCGAACCACAACCCGAGCAGGCCGGUGUUUGUCGAGGGCCCCUUCCCUCUGUGGCUGAGGAAGAAGUGUGUGUACUACUACGUCCUCAGGGCUGACCCCACACCGCGCGACGAGAAGGUCGAGGAACCCUUUGAUCCAGAGAGGUGUUUGGACUAUCCUCUGCAGCUUGAACUGGAUUUGGAUCGUGACCUCGGGGACGAGGAGAGCUUCGACGUGGAAGACGUGGACGAGGGUCCAGUCUUCGCCAUGUGUAUGACCAGCCGGGGCGAACAGGCCGUCCUCAACCAGUGGAUCUCCGGCCUCCAGGAGAACAAUCCCAUCCUGGGUCGGGUCCCCACUCUGUUCCGCCUGGACGCUGGGCCCCGGGAGCUGCAGGGGGCGGCUGACAAAGAGUCAGCCCACCACCACGGCCCAGAACCUGAGACCCAGAAAGAGGAGAGACAGCCUCAAGAAGAACCUGAGGUAACAGUGGAGGAAGAGCCGAGGACGAGCCAGAGGAUGAAACGGUGAUCAGCAGUCAGACUGUGCAGUUAAGACUGAAAAAUCCUAACAUACUGUACUGUGAUGGGUAGGGGCUGGACUAGUGUAAGCUGGUUCACUAAACUAAGCAGAACCUGAGGAGUCUAUGUCUCUAAUUAUGGUAAGCUUCUGUAAUCAAAUAAAUUACAUUUUAAAAAACUGCGCUUCCUCAUUUUAGUCUGUCAACAUUAGGCCAGUCAACAUAACUACUUUUGUUGGACGAUAUAUUGUUCCAGAAAUGAUCGUGAUAAUGAUGUUAUUGUGUAAUAGCAUAAUAAUGCAAGUAAACCCUGACAAACAGCAAUGAUCUUUGAAUUCUUCUCACAUAUUGGAAUUGGAAAGAGAGUCACUAAAUAGUGUGUAAGAAACAACACGUGGUUUAUUAUACUCUUGUCUGAAUUCAUGACAAAUGAAAAGUAUUGUGUAUUUUCUCAUUUAAUUUAAUUUACUUAAGUGCAGAGUUAGUUAGUAUGUGCUUGUAGUUGUCAAUUUAGACAACUUAAUUGUGUAUCACGACAUCUGGAUUCAGGAUUUCAUCACAAUAUGAUUUAUCCAACGAUAAAUGAUCUAACCUGAGGCAUCAACUCGCUAACAAACCACCAUUUUCUGACAGAACCGAAGCCUCAGACUUGGAGGUGUUGGCAUUCUCACCUCAUACUCAGCUGUAAACCUGUAAACCUGGUAUCUACACUCUGGACUAGAUGGCUUAUAGAAAGGACACAAUAUUUCCACAGUACCUCCAAUAGGACUCCCUGAGGGACACAAUGACAAGUCCACAAAGCACGUACAGUGUAAGAGAAUUCUGAUAACUCGGCCGAGCAGAAAGAAUGGUAAAUACACAGAUCCGCCCUUUUUGUUACCUUCUCUAGUGUGUCUUCAUGAAGUUCAUUAAGGUUCAGUGUGUAGAUGCCCUCCUCUGCCCCAAGAAGCAGGUACUGAUCUAAGAAGGGAAAGUGUUUGUUAAAGGGAAAAUAUUGUUUCCUGGAUCACAACUCAUGUUCAGCUGACCUGUGUACUAAUUAAUGAUUUAGUACGUUUCCCCAGCAAAUAGAUUAAGUCCUUGUAACUAAUUCAUUGAAGUGUACCAAUUUAACACAGUCAGCGUUUUAAAUCAUGUUAGUUGGUUAGUUAUCAAAUCAAAAUGACCUUUCCAGCAAACGUCUCAGGAAAUAGUUUAAAAAUUAGAAACGUGUAAAAACUGACUGCAAUGACAGCAAUGGUAGUGAAGACAACAACUCCCAUGAUCCCGCACUACUUCACUACCGAACCAAACUCUUUCUUUGGUUAUUGUUUUGAUUGAGAGACCCCUAGUGGCAGAAAAUAACACAUUGUUCCUUUAAUG